AUGACAGACAGAGUCUACCCAUCUUCCAAACCCACCACCAAUGGCGGCGCCGCCGUGCCCGCCGCUGCUACUACCACCGCCGCCACAGCCAACCCAUCAAACACCAAGCCCCAACUCCGGCAACCAUACCGCCCACAACCCCAGUACCGCCACCGCCGGCACCGCAGGAGCAACUGCCACUGCAACUUCUGCUGCUGCUGCUUCUGGUCCAUCCUCAUCAUCUUAGCCCUCGCCCUCCUCACCGCCAUAGCCGGCGCCGCGGUCUACAUCCUCUACCGUCCUCACCGCCCUGAAUUCACACUCACCUCCGUCCGCAUUGCCAAGCUCAACCUCACCACCUCCUCCGACUUAUCCACUUCACACCUCACUACCCUCUUCAACCUCACCCUCUCCUCCAAAAACCCUAACAACCACCUCACCUUCUCCUACGAGCCCUUUGCUCUGUCUCUCUCGUCCAGCGACGUCCAAAUCGGAAACGGGUCGAUCCCGGCUUUCACGAGCGGCACCAAAAACAGCACCUUUUUUCGCUCCAUUUUGUCGACCUCUCAGGAUCUCGACGUCGAGUCGGUGAAGUCUCUGAGAUCGGAUCUGAGGAAGAAGACCGGGGUGGCGUUGAAGUUGCAGAUGGACACCAAAGUGAAGGUGGCGAUGGGGAAGUUGAAGAGCAAGAAGGUGGGCAUUAGGGUUACGUGUGAAGGUAUUAAAGGGGCUGUACCUAAAGGCAAGUCCCCGUCGGUGGCUUCGGUUGCUAACUCCAAGUGCAAGGUUGAUCUUCGGAUCAAGAUCUGGAAAUGGACCUUUUAA